CUCGGGUUCAAGCGGCGGCCCCUGUAAGAUGUAAACAAGGCCUCGCGCUCCGACCGUUAGAGGGAGGGGCAGAGUGUGAGUGUGGGAGCCAAGCUGGAGAAUGCCCUGAUAAGCCAUGGGCUCCCGCAGCAGUAGCAACGCUGGCUCUGGGGGCCGGGAGAACCAAGGCGGCUGGUCUCAGAGGGACUCGGGCAUCCUGCGCGGCGGAGACGAGGACGACGAGGAUGUGGAUCUGGCCCAGGUACUGGCAUACCUACUGCGCAGAGGACAGUUUCACCUCAUGCAGGGAGGAGGGGCAGCCAGCAGCGCCCGGGUGUUCCAGGCUGUCUCGGAUUCCGACGACGACACUGACAGUGCUUGGGAAGGACGUUUAGGAGACCAGUACAAACCCCCAGUGGAUUUGACCCCAGACACACGGGAACUGGAGUACAACGAGAUCAAAACACGCAUCCAGUUAGCAACCGGCAGACUUGGGCCAGGGCGAGGCGCCUGUAACAUCCCAAGGCUACUUUGCCAGAGGGAGCGAGGCCUUUGCCACAACAGCAGCUUCUCAGCCGGGGAAUGUUCGCGGAUCGUGUCACACUUCCUUCCCAAUCACCUGACCAUCACAGACUCCUAUUCGCAGAAAGCCUUCUGCGGAAUCUAUUCCCGCGAUGGACAACUCUUUAUGUCUGCUUGUCAAGACCAGCGAAUCCGCUUGUACGACUGCGCCUACGGAGCCUUCCGGAACAUCCGGAGUAUCAAAGCCCGAGACGUAGGCUGGAGCGUGCUGGACGUCGCCUUCACCCCCGACAGGACCCACUUCCUCUACUCCAGCUGGUCUGACUACAUUCACAUCUGCAACAUCUACGGGGAGAGCGAGACCCAGACAGCCCUGGACUUGAGGCCCGACGAACGCCGCUUUGCCGUCUUUUCUCUGGCGGUCUCCUCAGAGGGAAGGGAAGUGCUCGGCGGGGCCAACUACGGCUGUGUCUACGUGUUUGACAUGGAGCAGAAUAAGCGGACGCUUAAGAUUGAGGCCCACGAAGACGACGUGAAUGCCGUCGCCUUUGCAGACAACAGCUCCCACAUCGUCUUCUCGGGGGGCGACGACGCCAUCUGCAAAGUGUGGGACCGGCGUACGAUGCGGGAGGACGACCCCCGGCCUGUGGGGAUCUUGGCAGGCCACCAGGAUGGUAUCACCUUCAUCGACAGCAAAGGAGAUGCCCGCUACCUCAUCUCCAAUUCCAAGGACCAGACCAUUAAGCUGUGGGACAUGCGCAAGUUCUCGGGCCAGGAGGGCCUGGAAGCAUCCCGGCACGCUGUCACCCAGCAGAUCUGGGAUUAUCGCUGGCAGCAGGUGCCCAAAAAAGCCCGACGUAAAUCAAAACUUCCAGGUGACACCUCUCUCAUGACCUACCGGGGCCACGGAGUCCUGCACACCCUGAUCCGCUGCCGGUUCUCCCCUCCUCACAGCACUGGGCAGCAGUACAUUUACAGCGGCUGCUCCACCGGGCGGGUGGUAGUCUACGAUCUCCUGAGUGGCCUCAUUGUGAAGAAACUGAUCAAUCACCAAGCCUGCGUCCGGGAUGUGAGUUGGCAUCCGUACGAGGAGAAGAUCGUCAGCACCUCGUGGGACGGAAACAUCUGCCUCUGGGAGUAUCACCAAACAGACUACGACGAAGACGAUCUCGGCGACCCCCAGCAGCUUCUAAGCGGCCAAGAAAAGUACACCCGGCUGCUCGGCACCCCACACCAGUAGCCUUUUCCCCCUGGCCGGUUGGCCACCGUUUGGGACUCGCUCAAGGCCGAGAGCGAGGGGGGGGAUUAGUCUUGCAUUGCCAAUAGUUCGAGGGGUUUUUUGCCCAGGCAGGAAGGAAGAG